UCACGGCCGAGUCGUACCCGCUACGUUGGUCGGCGUACACUCAUUGGGCGCGCCCGCUGGCGUAGAGAUAUCGAGGGUUAAAUUUGACCCUAUACACCAUUUUACCACUUGGUGGGGUUAACACAGUGAAUUUUCGCUUGUUUGUUAAGUCAAUCCCAUUUUACCUUUUGGUUUUAUGUUUGUUGUAUACGCGUUUGUCAAACAAACUCGUUUUCUGGUCUUAAUCUAUCCAUUCAUUCCUUAUCUCUUUGUCUGUUUUCUCUCUCCGUCCGACGGAUUUUAUUUACUGUGUUUAUUCAAUUUCUGGGUUCUGAUGAGUUUAACUUUAAAGUUGGUGGCUUUUACGGAGUCAACUUGGCUUGUGAAUUUAACUGUUUUUGUGCUUUAAGGGUUGAUAUCACUAGUUUUGGUAAAAGAAGAAAUUUUGGGUUUGAGAAAUGAAUGAGCGCUGGAAAUUCAGUAAGCAUGGUUUGUUGGUUUUUGCUGUGUUCUUGUGUUUUGUGUAUCAGAAAUUGAGUUUCUGUUGGUCCCUCAACGAUGAAGGUUUGGCACUGCUGAGAUUUAGAGAGAGAGUGGAGAAUGACCCAUUUGGGGCUUUGUCGAAUUGGAAAGACGAUGAAAUGGAAAAUCCGUGUUCUUGGUUUGGAGUUGGGUGCUUUAAUGGAAAUGUUGUGGCUCUGGACUUGAAAGAUCUUCAUCUCUGUGGUACUCUAGCUCCUGAUCUCGUGCGCUUGGUUCACUUGAGGAUUAUAAUUUUACGUAACAACUCCUUUUCUGGGGUCAUACCCGAUGAGAUUGCAAAGCUAAAAAAGUUGGAGAUUCUGGACCUUGGAUAUAAUAACUUUAGUCAGCCGCUGCCUUCUGACUUUUGCAAUAAUCCCUCUCUUUUAUUAGACAGCAAUGAGCUGUUUAGCCACGUAUUUUCUGGAACUGAUAGGCUUCAAAUGGUCCCAGAUGUUCAAGCAAAUAACAACCACUUUCCCGGAGCCCAACCUAUGUCACCUACCAAUGGGAAAUUGAUAUUAAGGAGUACAACAGAACUUGGAGAUGUAGCUGGAAGAAAAUUACUACAAGUGUCAUCUUUUCCUCCCCUGAAUAACUUCUGGAAGCAAUUUCAGCCGGUUUUAGCUCCUCCUGAAGUUGGUGUCAAGAACAAUGCGCCUUCAUCCUCCCCAUCUCCAGCUCCAAGUCCUUCUCUUUCCCCAUCUCCUACACCGUCAAUUACUGCUAAACCUCACCUGGCUCCUUCACCAACAUCCUCCUCUUCUUCUUCUCCAUCUUCACUUCCCAGUCCUGCAGAGAACCCAAGUGGACUUGAAAAUUCCAGACGAAGUCAUCAUCGAGUUAUAAUAUUGUCUGCAGCUAUAGGAGGUCCCAUUCUACUGCUCAUAUUGAUAACUGGCGCAAUCUUCUUUCGAAGCAACAAAAUAGCUGUUGUAAAACCUUGGGCCACUGGUUUGAGUGGUCAGUUGCAGAGAGCAUUUGUUACUGGCGUGCCAAAGCUGAAGAGAUCAGAGCUUGAAGCAGCCUGUGAAGAUUUCAGCAAUGUAAUCGGUUCCUCAUCUGUUUGCACACUAUAUAAAGGCACAUUAUCUAGUGGAGUUGAGAUAGCUGUGAUCUCUCGUACAGUGGAAUCUGCUAAGGAUUGGUCUAAAGAUAUGGAAGCCCAAUUCAGGAAAAAGAUUGAUACAAUGUCAAAAGUCAAUCACAAGAACUUUGUCAGCCUCCUCGGUUAUUGCGAAGAAGAGGAGCCAUUUACCAGAAUGAUGGUUUUUGAGUAUGCUCCUAAUGGGACGCUCUUUGAACAUCUGCAUAUAAGGGAAGCUGAACACUUGGACUGGGGAAUGCGAAUGAGGAUAGCAAUGGGCAUGACAUACUGCCUUGAGCAUAUGCACAAUUUAUCGCCAUCUUUACCCCAUAAAAACUUGACUUCCUCCGCCGUGUACCUCACAGAGGACUAUGCAGCCAAAAUAUCGGAUUUUGGGUUCUGGAACGAGACAGCUGCAGCUGAAACGGGGUUGAGUCCAGAAAGUAAUGUUUACAGCUUUGGUGUCAUUUUAUUUGAGAUGAUGACCGGUAGGCUGCCUUACUCGGCAAACAGCGGCUCUCUUGAUGACUGGGCAGCAGACUAUCUAAGGGAAGGACAAACCCUGAGGGAAAUGGUGGAUCCAACUUUAAAUUCUUUCCAAGAGGAGCAGCUAGAGAGAAUAGCUGAUGUGAUUAGAAUGUGUGUACAUCCUGAGCCAAGACAACGACCGACGAUGAGAGAGGUUUCGGGCAGAUUGAGAGAGAUAACAGGUAUAGGACCAGAUGGGGCAAUCCCAAGACUCUCUCCUCUAUGGUGGGCUGAGCUUGAGAUUAUAUCAACAGAGGCUUGUUAAUAUGCAUAGGCACCAUAAAAUUGCCUUUAGAUGGUAAUCAAUAUAGAAGCUGUAUAUAUAAAGUUGGAAAAUCUUUUUCCAUUCUUUUUCUUCUUCUUUUGGGUGGAUCAGAAAAGCAGAUGGAGAAGUUUUUGUUUGUGUACAAAAAGGAAAAUUAAUUUUUACGUGUCAAGAUUUGCUUUCUUGAA